CCCACUCGCACAAUCCCACUCGCAUAAUCCAGCGCCAACAUGGGAGGCAAGGUUACCCCCGUCACUUCCCUCGCGCAGUUCAAGGAGCUGAUCUCCAAGGACACCCCCGUCGUAAUAGACUUCUGGGCGACUUGGUGCGGCCCCUGCAGGAUCAUCUCGCCCGUAUUUGAGCAGCUAUCCGAGCAUUUCGGAGACGUCGAGUUCUACAAGGUGGAUGUCGACGAGCAGCCGGACAUCGCGCAAGAGGUCGGCGUUCGGGCUAUGCCCACCUUUGCCGUCUUCAAGAGCGGUCAGAAGGUCAAGGAGACCGUCGGCGCUGUGCCCGCUCAGCUCAAGGCCUUGAUCGCAGAAUAUUCGAGCGUGCAGGCUUAGACUGCCUGAUCCGUGUUUAUAGUCGGAGCGUUCAGUAAUGUAUUCGUAGUACCUUGCAUAUCCAGAGUAGUAAUUGCGAGCGAUCUUCCCGAAGCCGUCGUACCGACUCGUACGCCGGCGCAAGUCAUGGACCCAGGGUCGUACACAGCCACUUCACCAUAUCGUCACCGGCUCACUCGACAUCGUUCCGCCUCCUCUUGCCCCCGCUGCCCGUUACGACGUUGACGACCUAGACUCUCUCUCCUUAACAUAUACCCUACUUUUCUCCCUUCCUCUUCUCAGCCGUUCUCGACUUGUCUCCCACCCGCGCCCCCAGUUAACCCGGCCUCGCAAAGCGCGAAUCAACGUCCUCACGCGGACCUCGGGUAUGCCCUCCAACUUCUUGACCAAGCUCGUCAAAGCCUCGCCGAGCAGCAAUGGGCGGUCUAGGCAACCGUCACCCAACCGAUCUCAAGGACACACUCCAACGUCCUCCGUCGACGCCGGCGGCCGAAGCAUCAGCCGGAUCGUAGUCGACCCAUCUUCUGAAGACGAGGACAAUCCACAGGUCACGGUCAUUCCACCCUCCCCGAGGAGCGACCGCCAAACUACUUCGGACUUGCAGCUUCCCUCCAACGGCUCGCAAGCCGACCAGGCGAAGCCGCCUGCGAGGUCGCCUCGAACUCCUUCAUACCAGGAUGAGCUCCCCACGCCAA